AUGGCAAAAGCGGCGAGGGAGCAGCUUACUCAAGCGUUGAGCAACCACCUCAACAUCAUACAUGAAACUUUUCAGGUGUUAGAUCAAACGCCGGCAUCGUCUCUUGAAAAAGUGAGCUGGAAAGAUGUUAUUCAAAUGGGUGAAAAUGUCCACAAACGAGCCACAACAGUUGGGAUGCUUUACACUGGAGACACCCCUGGAGUAAAGGCUCUUGAAGAAAACAUGUCGGCGUAUUUCAAUAUGAUGCAAGGACUCCUUUUACUCUCCCAUGGGAGCAUGAUUGGAGCGGGACCCACCCUCAGUUCGUGCAUUCAUAAGUCUAUAAAACUAGUUGUCGACAGCAGUUUCAUGCUCUUUCAGGAGGCUGUCUCUUCAUAUGGAUUGCCAAACAAAUCUUCAAAACAAUCUAUCCCGCCCCUCGUGGGUGUCGUGUGGGAUGCUUGCUCCGCUCUGAAGAAAACGCCUUCGACAAAUGUGACGGCCAUCGGGCGGGCCAUGACGCAGAUUGGUGCCACCAUGAAAGAUGUUCUCCGAGAGAUGAAUGAGCUAAGGCCGGCCCCUGAUGACCCCACCACCAAAGCACCCGAGGAGGAAGACGAAGACGAAGACGAAGACCUGGGCAACGAUCUGUCGCCCGACGAGAUGAAAACCGCACAACUAACAAUUACGGCCGUUUCUGAAAUUCUGGGUGUCAUCAAGGAAUUGAUCCGGUCGAUCACGAGACUGGUGAGAGGGGAAGACCGUGAGGGUAGUGCAUCUUUUGUGGACUCCUUGGAGAAGCUUUUGGUGGCGUGCAAAGGUGUUGGUGUGCAGGUGGACGAGCUUGGGGCGUGCCUUUACCCGCCUCAGGAGGUGUCGGCAAUUAAGGAGGCCUUAGGGAAGAUUUUGGGGUUUUGCGAUGAGAUAGAGAUGGAGUUGAGGAGGAUCGAGGGUUAUACGGAGGAUUUUGGCAGGGCAUAUACCAGUUUAAAGACUCGAUUGAGACUGUUGGAGUGUGAAGUGGGCUGUGAAGGUUUUCAGUCAAGAAUGGAGAAUCUUGUGAUAGGUGAUUAG